AUGGUCCAUCCUCAAUCUAGUGUUAUAAUAAAUAUUAAAGAGGAUGUUCCUAGUGAAUUAGAAACCACUGGAUUUUAUGGAGGAUCUCCUGACAGAGAGGUAAGAUUAGAAAAGUCUGAGAGUCCUCUAUCUCCAGGUUUCUUAAAGUUCACACACGUAGCAUCUGCUGGACAACCUUUUACCGUUGAGAUUGUAAUAUAUGAAAGUGAGAGUAACACUGUUGAUGUAGGUGUGAAGAACAAAGAAAUAAAACAUUUAGCAGUAUGGUAUUGGUUUGGGGAUAUUAAUCACAAUCAGCCUAUUCUCAUAGAAGUAUGGGAGAAGGAUGGAACUUACACAUAUUACAACAAGGGAGAUGACAAUGGUUGGAGUAUAUAUAACCUUCGAUCUAAUCCACUCAAAGGUGAAGCCCUUGAACGGAAACUGGAACAUCUUAAUUGUGAAUAUUACAAAGUGGUUACCAUGGAUCUCACUCUAGGUAAACACCAACAUGGAAACUCGUACUGUUGUAGUAAGCAUAAUGGUCAAGAAAAGGUUUAUGUUCAAGAGCUUAAAGUCCCAGUUGGUUCUCCACCAAUCCCUUACUACAAACAUGAAAUCAUAGAUAAAGGAUAUAAGCUCACUAAGAUUAAGUACUAUGAUUACAGUGUUAAUAGAAAACCUCAUGCGUUAAGCUUUCCCAUUCCUGGUUCAAUAAGUGCCUGCGCAUUCUACUGCGGAGGAAAAAAUCCGGUCUUACUUUAUCUACAUUCUGAAGAUAAAAACACCAUUAGCGGAUGGUUCAAAAAAAACACUAUAGGUACUGGUGAUAAUUGGGAAAGAACCUUGACUGGAGUACCUUGUCCUGAUGAUAUCAAAGGCUGUGAUGAUGGUUACUUUGAUGCACUCGUGAUGGAACUAAUGAGUGCGGGAUGUCCCUAUUCAAGAUGUACUGAUAAUAAAUCCCUACAUGGAGCAUACGGUGAUUCUACUUCUUUUGUUCCUUCUGGACUUCAAGGUAAUGCUCAACCUCCUCAAUAUUUACCUAAAGAAUAUCCUCAGCCCGCCGUUUCAUAUUACCGGCCUGAUGCUACCAGCCCUAUUACUGGAAAUAGUCUCAAAGGACCAGGCUCUGGUGUUAGUAUGCCUAACGAAGAAGGGACAUUUAAACAAACUGCUAUUGAUGGUUCUGAAGUACUAGUUGCUCGUACUGCUGAUGGCCAAGUUUAUGCUAUUGCUACUCCCGCUUCCGGAUCUGCUCCUGAGGGAGUUUCUAAAGAAUCCAGUGAAUCUAAAGGGUCUACAUCAGAGGUUCCUGCAUAUCCUAUUUCACAUGUAAAAGAGUCUGAGACUCAUAAAGAAGAUCUGGUAAGUGAUACAGAGUCGAUUGUAGAAAAGACUAAAUCGCAAGUUGCAUUCCAAGAACAAGAAGCAACACGUGCUGAUGAAGAUACUGACUCUACUGCUUCUGAAACUGCUGCUAGACCUGCUGAUACUCUUGCUGAAGGCGAAAUUGGAGAAAUCCCUGGUAGAGGACUAUUGGAAACUUUUGGUGCUCUUAUCAAGCUUGGAUUAACUGGACUAGAUACGGCUGCUACACUUGGCACAUCUGGAUUGAGUGCUACCCUUGGACUAGAUGAAAAGGAUGUUAAACAACUCGUAUUCGGAGUACUAGAUCUUAUUGAUCCUGGACCUCAUGGACCUCUUGGUGAAAAGGGUAGUAAAGGAGAACCUGGUCAAGGUGAUAUUAGAGGUGGAGGAGGACAAGGCCGUAAUGGUCCUAAUCUACCUAAUAGUAAUGUUCCCGGUGAAACUUAUGAAACUAAAGAAGAAACUGGUGGACCUCAAGCUCAACUAAGUGAAUCUCCUGAUCCUGGUGGAAAAACUCAAGCUGUUACUGGAUUUCUUGAAACUGCUACUGGUCUAGGAUAUAUCAUCUCUGGUGUUUUUGGUGGAUCAGGUGCAGUUGGUCUGGCAGGUUAUAAGCUUUAUCAACGUUUUAAAGGAGAUCCUUGGGUUCGACAAAUAUGA